CAGUUUACAACAGGGAUGCAACAAGCUACAGCUUAUGCCACUUACCCCCAGCCCGGCCAACCCUAUGGAAUCCCUUCAUAUGGUGCAUUGUGGGCAGGCAUCAAGACAGAAGGUGGAUUGGCACAGUCACAGUCACCUGGACAGACAGGAUUUCUAAGCUACGGUGCCAGCUUUAGCACACCUCAACCUGGACAGGCUCCCUAUAGCUACCAGAUGCAAGGCAGCAGUUUUACAACAUCAUCAGGAAUAUAUGCAGGAAAUAAUUCACUCACAAAUUCUACUGGAUUUAAUAGUUCACAGCAGGAAUAUCCCUCUUAUCCCGGUUUUGGCCAGGGCCAAUAUGCACAGUAUUAUAAUAGCUCACCAUAUCCUUCACAUUACAUGACAAACAGCAACACCAGCCCAACGACACCCUCCACAAAUGCAACAUACCAGCUUCAAGAACCACCAUCUGGCAUCACCAGUCAAGCGGUUACAGAUCCUGCAGCAGAAUACAGUACAAUCCACAGUCCAUCAACACCCAUUAAAGAUUCAGAUUCAGAUAGAUUGCGUCGUAGUUCAGAUGGGAAAUCACGUGGACGUGGCAGAAGAAACAAUAAUCCUUCACCACCACCUGACUCUGAUCUAGAGAGAGUAUUCAUUUGGGAUUUGGAUGAGACAAUCAUCAUUUUCCAUUCCUUGCUUACAGGGUCCUAUGCUAACAGAUAUGGAAGGGAUCCACCCACUUCUGUGUCUCUUGGACUCCGAAUGGAAGAGAUGAUUUUCAAUUUGGCGGACACACAUCUAUUCUUUAACGAUUUAGAAGAAUGCGACCAGGUUCACAUUGAUGACGUGUCUUCAGACGACAACGGUCAAGAUUUAAGCACCUAUAACUUCGGAACAGACGGCUUUCCCGCGGCCGCCACCAGUGCGAAUUUGUGCCUCGCAACGGGGGUGCGCGGAGGAGUGGACUGGAUGCGAAAAUUGGCUUUCCGCUACAGACGAGUAAAAGAAAUAUAUAAUACCUACAAAAAUAAUGUCGGAGGUCUUCUUGGUCCAGCAAAAAGAGAGGCUUGGUUACAACUAAGAGCAGAAAUUGAAGCUUUGACGGAUUCUUGGUUAACACUUGCACUGAAAGCACUCACCCUUAUUCAUUCGAGGACAAACUGUGUGAACAUUCUCGUAACAACUACUCAGCUAAUUCCAGCUCUGGCAAAAGUCUUGUUGUAUGGACUAGGCGUUGUAUUUCCCAUAGAGAAUAUUUACAGUGCAACUAAAAUAGGAAAGGAAAGUUGUUUUGAGCGAAUAAUUCAAAGAUUUGGAAGAAAAGUAGUGUAUGUUGUUAUAGGGGAUGGUGUCGAAGAGGAACAAGGCGCAAAAAAGCACGCUAUGCCAUUUUGGAGGAUCUCGAGCCACUCUGACCUUAUGGCCCUUCACCAUGCCUUGGAACUGGAGUACUUGUAGCAGCUCAGCAGCACUUUGAAACCCCAGAGCCUCCUUCUGCCCGUGGACGGGAUGCCUGUGUCUUGUGUCAGCAUUGGACUACGGAACUUU